UCUUUGUUUUAGUUGUGAUGCUGACCAAAUUACCGUUCCAGUGCCCAGCAGCAGUCAUUUUCUCUUGCCCUUCAAAGUGGGUUGGGUAUGAAGGCAAAUGCUACUACUUUUCUGACUCUGAAGAUACCUGGAACUCCAGCCAGAAAAAUUGCUCUGCAUCUGGUGCUUUCCUGGUUAUACUUGAAGAUCAAACAGAAAUGGAAUUCAUAAUGCAAGUUAAGAGACCAACUGAUUAUUGGAUUGGCUUGAAGAGAGAGAAGGAAGGGCAGCCCUGGGAAUGGGCAAAUGGAACUCUCUUCAAUAACUGGUUUGACAUUGGAGCUGAUGGACCCUGUGCCUACCUGAAUGAUGAGAGGGCCAGUUCAACAUUAUGCUGGAUAACAAGAAAUUGGAUAUGUGGCAUGUCUGCUCGCUCGGCCUAAGCAAAGUUUGAAAGCUUCCCAACACAAAUGAUUUGAUCAUCGUAGGCUGCACAUAGGUUAUCCGUUUAUUCAAAAGGUGCAGACCAGAACUUGGAAGCAACAGAUUGUCUGCCACUUCUUACUUUCUUUAACAAAAUAUUUCUUUAACAAAGUUUUAACAAAAUCAAAUUCCAAAAGUUACAAAAAAUUGGCAGUAUCAUCUCUUUUUUAGUGUAACAAAUUAACAUUCUCUGGUUACAUGAUUCCUACUACCAUUAAGAAAAGUAACAAGUCAUGCAGCGAGCUUCAUUUUCUUUCUGAGUGUAAAUGAACUACUUUAUUCUUUCAAUAAGAAGUUACAUCACAGGUUAUUUCCAAGCUCUGGCCUAGAUAAUCAACGCCCAUUUUGAAAGACUGCUUUUGAGAAUGCAAAUUUAUAAUUGACUGACAAACCAGCAAACUCCAAUCCAUCUCCCACCUAAUGCAUGCAUUGUCCUUACAAAUGCUGAGUAAACAGUUGUGGAAUUUGUUUACAAAAGGUACCAAAUCCACCUGAACAAAUUUUACAGAAAUGGGGAGG